UUCUCACAUUUCGCAAGCCCUAAUAAGUUAGAGAGACAAUCAGAGAAAAACCCAUUUCCCGCCUCCCCAUCAAAAUGGCCGACAGCACCUCCACCAAAUCCAGAAAACGCCGCCAACCCGACCCAGACUCCACCACCGAACUCCUCUUCAAAAACCUCCUAAAACCCGACUCUGUAAUCCUCCAAACUCUACAAUCCCUCGUAAUCUCCACUGCAUCCGCCUCCUCUUCAAAACCCCUCACUCUCUCCGACCUAUCACUGUCUUCCAGCUGUCGAGAAGUCGCCGACCUCUCGCUUACCUCUGUCCAAUCUGAGAUCGAAGCCUUAACCAUCUCCAUCGUCCAAUCAAUCCUCUCCGGUAAGGGCUUCUCCUUCAAUGUCCCCUCACGGUCUGCCACUAACCAACUCUAUGUCCCGGAACUCGACCGCAUUGUCUUAAAAGACAAAAAUACCCUCCGCCCUUUCGCUAACAUUUCAUCAGUCCGCAAAUGCACGAUAACUGCAAGGAUCCUUUCCUUAAUCCACCAGCUUUGUCUAAAAAGCAUUCAUGUUACAAAGCGAGAUUUGUUUUACACUGAUGUGAAGUUGUUUCAGGAUCAGACACAGUCUGACGCUGUUCUUGAUGAUGUUUCGUGUAUGCUUGGGUGUACUAGGUCUUCUCUUAACGUGAUUGCGGCGGAGAAGGGGGUGGUUGUUGGGAGAUUGAUUUUUAGUGAUAAUGGGGAUAUGAUUGAUUGCACCAAAAUGGGAAUGGGAGGGAAAGCGAUUCCACCGAAUAUUGAUAGAGUUGGGGAUAUGCAGAGUGAUGCAUUAUUUAUUUUGUUAGUUGAGAAGGAUGCUGCAUAUAUGAGGUUAGCUGAGGAUAGGUUUUACAAUCGUUUUCCAUGUAUUAUUGUGACUGCGAAAGGGCAGCCGGAUGUGGCUACAAGGCUUUUUUUAAGGAAAAUGAAGAACGAAUUGAAGCUGCCGGUUUUGGCAUUAGUUGAUAGUGAUCCAUAUGGGUUGAAGAUUUUAUCUGUUUAUGGCUGUGGGUCGAAGAAUAUGUCUUAUGAUAGUGCGAAUUUGACCACACCGGAUAUCAAAUGGUUGGGGAUUAGGCCUAGUGAUUUGGACAAGUAUAAGAUACCUGAGCAAUGUAGGUUGCCGAUGACUGAGCAGGAUAUCAAGACUGGGAAGGAUUUGUUGGAGGAGGAUUUCGUGAAGAAGAAUCCAGGGUGGGUUGAGGAGUUGAGUUUGAUGGUGAAGACUAAACAGAAGGCUGAGAUUCAGGCUCUGAGUUCGUUUGGGUUUCAGUAUUUAUCUGAGGUUUAUUUGCCUUUGAAGUUGCAGCAGCAGGAUUGGCUUUGAGGGCCAUUUGGGAGCUGAGGAAACACCAUUACGACUCACGUAAAUAUGGGGCAAGAAAUUGCAAGAGGUGGCUGAGAUUCCGUAAGUAACUCUGCUAGUACUUUCGAAGAAAGGGGAAAAUGAAAUUAGAACAGCCGUGCUAUUGGUAAGAAAGUAAUUGUUGUUUUUUGCAAGUAGAUAAUGAAGUUACUAGCCAGGUUUGUGUUAAACUGCAGGCUUUCAGCCAUUAUAAGUGGAGAGCAGAAUUAAAAACUACAGCUAAUUUUAGGGAAGAAAACGGAACAUAGCAGAAAUCACAGAAUCUUUUAUCCGAUAUUUUAUAGUGUAUUCCAUGGUACAACUGGAAAAUGGCAUCACAAGUCAGUGUUCAAAUGCAUUGACUUGUUCUGCGUUAUUAGAAGAAGAAAAAAGAAAAAAAUUUGGUUAUAUACAAAAUUUGUCAUUUGUACGUACAUAAAGAACAAUCACCUUCUGAUGGCACCUACCCUUCUCUGCAGCCAUUCAUGCAGUGAUUUCCGUCUAACCUUCAACCUCUGUGUAACUACUAUGGGGCGCCUUGUGGAAUAUGCCAUUUUCUUGUUCCUUGCUAACCUCACUACCAAGUCCGGACCUGGAUCUAGAGAGCUUUUCGAAUCUGUCUUUAUGGCAUCCAAAUGUCCUGGGACUGCAACCAGAACCUCAAGCCCUAACUCAUUCCGCAGAAGUUCAAUUAUUGCAUUUUUCACCUCUGAAUCUCGUUUAGAUGCCGGAUCUACUUUACUGACAUCCAAGGUGAUCCACAUGUCUUCUUUUACUGAAUAACCUGCAACAAGAAAUUAGCAUAACGUCAGAAUGCUCAAGGUUAUGUGCAUUCAGCCGCCUCAUGUACUAAUCACUCCCCCUUUUUGUUCGGGUAGAUUUCAAAUAUGUAAAUAUGCUCAAUGAUCCAUGAAGGGCACUGUUGCUACCA